GGCAGGCGGCCUGAGAGAGCCGAGGCGGCGGCGGGGGGGCUCGAGUGGGAGCGACCGGGGCUCCGGCUCCGGCUCCGGCUUCGCUGGGAGGCAGGCAGGCAGGAUGGAGCAAGAGGAGAUCCUGAGGAAAUUCAUCCAGCGCGUCCAGGCCAUGAAGGACACAGACCACAAUGGGGACGACAACUUCGCCAGCGACUUCAUGAGGUUAAGAAGAUUAUCAUCCAAAUAUAGAACUGAAAAAAUCUAUCCAACAGUCACUGGAGAGAAAGAAGAAAAUGUUAAAAAGAACAGAUAUAAGGACAUAUUGCCAUUUGACCACAGCCGAGUUAAACUGACUUUAAAAACACUCCCGCAAGAUUCAGACUAUAUCAAUGCAAAUUUUAUUAAGGGAGUACAUGGGCCACAAGCAUAUGUUGCUACCCAGGGACCAUUAGCAAAUACAGUAAUAGAUUUCUGGAGAAUGAUAUGGGAGUACAAUGUUGCAAUAAUUGUAAUGGCCUGUCGAGAGUUUGAAAUGGGACGGAAAAAAUGUGAGCGGUACUGGCCUUUGCAUGGAGGAGAAAGUGUAACUUUUGGACCAUUUCAGAUUUCUUGUGAAGCUGAACAAGCAAGAACAGACUACUAUAUUAGAACACUAUUACUUGAAUUUCAAAAUGAAACUCGUAGGGUAUAUCAGUUUCAUUAUGUGAACUGGCCUGACCACGAUGUACCUUCAUCUUUUGAUUCUAUUCUGGACAUGAUCAGCUUAAUGAGAGAAUACCAGGAGCAUGAAGAUGUGCCUAUUUGUAUACACUGCAGUGCAGGGUGUGGAAGAACGGGAGCCAUCUGUGCCAUAGAUUAUACAUGGAAUUUGCUAAAAGCUGGGAAAAUACCAGAAGAGUUCAAUGUAUUUAAUUUAAUACAAGAUAUGAGGACACAAAGGCAUUCUGCAGUGCAGACCAAGGAGCAGUAUGAACUUGUCCAUCGAGCCAUAGCACAACUGUUUGAAAAGCAACUAAAGAAAUAUGAAAGUUGCACAGACUGGAAGAUUGCUGAUGGAGUGAAUGAAACUAGUACAGAGAAAACUGUCAAUUCUAUAGAUCUUGAGAAACAGGACUCUCCUCCACCAAAGCCUCCACGGACCCGCAGUUGUCUUGUAGAAGGAGAUGUUAAGGAAGAAAUCUUGCAGCCUCCAGAGCCUCACCCAGUACCACCCAUCUUAACACCAUCUCCUCCUUCAGCUUAUCCGACAGUCACUACUGUGUGGCAGGACAAUGACAGAUACCAUCCAAAGCCAGUUUUGCACAUAGUUUCAUCAGACCAUUCAACAGACCUCAAUGAAAACUAUAAUAAAUCAACAGAACAUUCAGGGAAAAAUGAACCCAAUGAACGUGUGGAGAAAAAGCUUGAGCGUAACUUAAGUUUUGAAAUUAAGAAGGUACCUCUUCAGGAGGGACCACGAAGCUUUGAUGGGAAUACUCUUUUGAACCGAGGACAUGCAAUUAAAAUGAAGUCUGUUUCAUCUUGUGUAAUGGAUAAGAACUCUAAGCCACUGGAUCAUAGUUCAGGGGAUUCACUUGUAGACUCUUUUCAAAACUCUAGUAUGGAAAACAAAGGCUUAGUAGCUUCACUGGAAGGGCUGAAGAGCCAGAAGGAUUCUGAUGCUCCACCAAGACCCGACCGUCUGCUCCUCAAAGAGAAGGGGCAUGCCAUGUGGUCACUACACAGGCCUGAAAAUGCACUGCCUGCAUCCGCGUCUGAGGAUAUGUCUUCAGAUGUCUUAAGUCAUGGUAUUAAAACAGCCUCUCUGGUACCAAACCCCACAUCUCAAGUGGAAUGCUCUUCCAGUGAAACAGUUGAUCAUCAGAGCAGUAUGCUUUUAGUUAGAGCACCCCUCUGUUUUACUAAUCCUCUUCAUUCCGAUGAUUCUGACACAGAUGAGAGGAACGUUGAUGGAGCCAUGACCAAAAGUAUGUCUAAUAUUUCAACCGCAAGUGCCACAGUUUCUGCUUCCACUAGUACUGAAAACAUUUCUAGAAAAGUAUUAUCAAUGUCCAUUGCUAGACAAGAUGUUCCAAGCAUAAGACAUUUUGAAGAGGAAAAAGCUGGGUUCCAAAUGUCUCACCAAACAAAGUAUCAUUAAUUCUGGGAGAAGAUAGAGGAUCUGAAGGUCCAGUGCAACAAGGCCUGGAAUGUUGACAGUUGCACCACAGCAGCAUGGAAGAUACCUAUUUAUGACGCCUUGAUAAUAUUCUCAGCACAUCAUCAUCUAUAGUCUGAGUUCAUUUUGGACAGCAUCAAAAAAGCUGUCAAUGUGCUGUUGAGGAACAAGGAAAGGUGGAAAGGACGUAUGGGUCCAAAUCCAGAACUGAUGUGGAUAAAGGCUUAUCCAGAACUGUUCUGGGUGCUGAAAGAUCUCUUUGCAGUGUCUCGUUCUGGACACAAGCUGAUGAGCAAGUUUUGAAUGAGGACUUGGGAGAUGAAAGUUCCUCUAAACAAGAUAUAUUGCUGUUAAUUUACUCCUCUGAAAUUAAUGUCAUAAGAGCUUAGAGUAAAAGCUUAACAAUGAAAAGAGGAAGGUAUUUGUAGCCACUUUUUGUUCUGUCGCUAACAUUUUGGAAAAAGGAAACCUUUGUUAAAAAUUCAACAUGCCCUAACUUUCUGUUAAGAUGUGAGAGCUGACUAUAUGUUCUCUGGAAAUAUCCAGUAAAUCUUCCAUGAAAACUGGGAAAGACAUAAAUUCGUAUUCCUGAUAUUUCAAAGGCAACGGGUAAAAAUACGAACUCAAAAGUUUUCUAAAUCAUAAUGAAGCAAAAAGGGCUCAUAUUCAGUUUUCUAAAAUAAAUCUUUUACAGAUUAUCUUUAGACUUUGAAUUUAAAAGGGAAAUGAAUGCUACUUUUAUGACACUCCUUGAUACUUCAAGGGUGAUCAAUACAUUAAUAUGCCUGUUGACUCUCUCUCCUUAUUUCUUGGUUUAGAAACCACUACUGCAUCUAGGCCACAAUUUGGAAACGUUAGUUACACCAAUAUAGUGAACAGGCAGCACCACAAGGAGCAUAUGCUUGACCUGUCUUCUGCUAAAGCAGAGCAAGAGAUGAAAUGGUGACCAUCAUAGGGGUGUGAAAAUAUACAGCAACAGAAUUUGAGGUGGAGGACAAGAAAUAGAAGUUUGAGGACAGUCAACCUUUUUUGUGUACAUUCAGGGAAGAGGACAGAGAAGCCAUAAUGGAAUACAUCUAUUGUGACAGGGAAAUGAGCCUACUGGAAAAAGAGUACCACAGGGAGCUCUUCACGGGAAAUAAAUGCAGAGCAAGAGGCAAAUUGCAGUUUGUUCCCCUCUGGCUCCCUGCACGUGCAUUCUGUUCCAGCUCUUCAGUACAAUGCCAUUAGACAUGAGCACUACAUAUUGGACUGUCCAUUCUUACCUGCUUCUUCCUGGGCAUUCCUAUGCAACUCUACCCCUCAUCAGAACCAAGAAAAAGACAAUGAGAAUCCACAGAAGAUGCAAUUCCUGUCUGUACAGUAUCUAGUUACAAACUGUUUGUUUUAUUAUGCAUUUUGCAUUGAUUUCUUUAGCUGGCCUGUAUGUGUUGUUAAAUAAAGAUGGUUUUCAGUAUAUCUGUUAAAUUAUUCUGCUUAAUGAAAUUUUAUCCUUCAUAGUAUCAUUAAAUCUCACUGGACACCAGACUACCUCAUUUUAUAUAAUAUCUUUAAUCAAAAUCAUACACAUUUACAAAAUGGGAUCAGCAACAGCUGUUGCAUAAAGUUAAACCCACCACUGGCAAAGAAAACAAUAUUUAAUAACAAAUAGCAGUCUUCUCUUACCUCCAGUAGAAAAUUGUCUUGUUUUGUUUCCGUUUUGCAAACAGGCCAUGGAUAUGAAUGGUUAUGUUUCUAAAGGAGUUGAGAUUUUGAUCCCUCUUCUCUCAUAAUUUCCAUGGGCUUGCAGAAACAUUUUUCAAAUCUCUAGCAAGCCAUUGUUUCAGGAAACCUGAAAUUGUGGGCUUAGAAACUUGAGAGGCAGUGUGCCUACAAAGGUUGAUUAGUGUGCUGUGUAUAAACAUGAGGCAUGUCAAGGCUGAUUCCCCACUCUGGCACUUUGAGUGCAGAAGGUCG